AGGUUUUCGAUCCACAUCCAUUUGCACCACCUUCCACUUUCCACUCGUCAACCCUCGACCAUCACAUAAGGUACAUCUUGUACCAGUACUAGCUACUAGUAUCAGAUUAUUGAGAGCAACCGCCAUGACAGAUACCACCGCAUCCGCCGACGUCACCACGAAAAAGCCACCAGUGUUCCAACCCCAAGACGAUUGGACGUUGAUAUCUCAAGGCGCCGAAGCCCGGAUAUGGAAGAUCCCCGGCACGACUGUGAAGGUGGCGAAGGAACGCUUUUCCAAAGCCUACCGCCAUCCCACUCUGGAUGAAAAAUUGACCAAAUCUCGGUGUCGUGCCGAAGGACGCAUCUUGGAGAAAUGCCGCAAUCCCAAAGAUUCCAAUUUGGUCAUUGAUGUCCCUCAAGUGCUCCGUAUAGAACCGCCAGUGCUGUAUCUCGAGUUUUUGGAGGGGUUGACCGUGCGAGAAUAUCUAGAGGAUCACUUGUUGUUGUCGUUGAAGGACGACGAUGACACUGAAAAAGCAAGCGAACUGCAUCAAUUAGCACAACAAAUCGGGAGCAUGGUUGGGAAAUUGCACACUCUUGGGUGUAUUCACGGGGACUUGACUACCUCCAACAUGAUGCUGCGAGGAUCUCAGCCACAAAGCAAACGAGCCAAGACCGAAAACGACAACAAUGUCAGCAAGCACAAAAUUACGCUGAUUGACUUUGGAUUGGCCAAGAAUACCACCAGUGCCGAAGAACGAGCCGUGGACUUGUAUGUUCUAGAACGAGCCCUGACAUCCACACACCCCAAACUACCCCAAAGCUUUCUGGAAACAAUAAUGGAGUCCUACAAAUUAGAACCGAAAAAGGCUGCCGAGGCUACUCUUCAGCGAUUAGAACAAGUUCGAUUACGAGGUCGAAAACGAGAGUGCUUUGGGUAGCAAACUGACUUCAAAAGUAACUAUUUCUUUUCUAUCAUUACUUCUAACCAAAAUUAGGAGCUUGGUAUUUGCA